UACUAGACAACCUUAGCGUUGAAAGGGCGGCAACUCUGUGCAAGCAGUUGGUGUGGGCGUUGUGGUCAAUGUGUUAAUAACAACAGAAGUAGAAGAAAGUUGCUUCUGUGCCGGUUUAGGAAAAAGUGAUAGAUAGCAAGAAUGAGUGGAAGACUUGGUGAUUUGAGCCCCAAGCAAGAGGCAGCUCUGAAACAGAUUCGUGAAAUUAUGAAAGAUUUGUUAACACCUGAACAUGAUGAUCAUUUUGUGCUUCGCUGGCUUAGAGCCAGGAACUUUGAUCUCAAGAAGACAGAGCAGAUGAUGCGAAGUGAUUUUGCAUGGAGAAAGCAUAUGGGAGCAAACACCAUUCUAGAUGACUUUGUUGUGCCAGAAGUUUUGCAGAAAUACUAUCCAGGUGGCAUAUGUGGUCAGGACAAGCAAGGUGCCCUGGUAUGGAUGGACCCUGUGGGACGUAUUGAUAGCAAAGGCAUGUUGAAGUCUGCGAGGAAAUUGGAAAUUUUGAAAAGCAAAGUUCAUCUUCUGGAGUCUCUCUACAGACGUUUUGCAGUUCUUACAAGAGAGCAAGGACGUUUAAUAGACCAGAUAGUUAUUGUAUUUGACAUGGAACACUUUGGUAUGAAGCAUCUAUGGAAACCAGGUGUGGACGUAUUCAUCGAGAUAGUGCAGAUGUUUGAAGCACAUUAUCCAGAAACACUUAAAAACUGUUUUGUCAUAAAUGCUCCUAAGAUCUUUCCAGUUGCCUUCAACAUCAUUAAACCCUUUUUAAGUGAGGAUACUGCUAGAAAAAUUCAUGUUAUGGGAUCCCAGUAUAAAGAAACACUGUUAAAGCACAUAGAUGCUGACCAGCUUCCUGAGCACUGGGGAGGUUCCCAGAGGGACCCUGAUGGCAAUCCUUACUGUGUUUCUAAAGUGUGUAUGGGGGGAGAGAUUCCGGAGGUGUACUAUAGCCAAGACCUGUCUGAUCUCAGUGGUUUCACAGAGGCCUCCAUAGGGCGUGGCUCCACACUGAAAGUGCCGAUAGAGCUGAAUAAAAACAACAGCAUUUUAAGAUGGCAGUUCAAGACUGAUGGCUUUGACAUUGGCUUUGGUGUUUUUCGCAAAACUGUGGAAGGCCAUCAGAAGACUGGAGACAUGGAGGUCAUUUUACCGUCUGAUCGUGUCAAUAGUCACUUAGUGCCAGAAGAUGGAUCUGUCACUUGCAAGCAAAGUGGAACAUAUGUGUUACGCUUCGACAACUCCUACAGUUGGGCCAGAAGCAAAAAAGUCUUCUACAUUAUUGAAGUUCUUGAGCCUGACACUGACAUGGAUCUGUCAAAGGAUUUAUCGUUUAGUAAUUUGAAUGAUAAUGAUGCUGAUUAUGACUCAGAAUCUUCUCAUUGAUCUUAAUUGCUUUGCAAAAGUAUAUGGAUGCGAAAUGAAAUUUGGAUGUGAAAUAGUAAGGUUAUUUUCAAUGAGUGAUGCAUUCAGUGACCAACAAAAGAUUUGUAAUUUUGUUUUCAAGCUAUGGCUGCAGUAAUUAAUCAAGACUAGACUCAAUUUAAGUGAUUUGCUAAAUUAAAAGUAUUUGAUGUUUUGUUUAAUAAUGUACUUAGAUAAACUGCAUCAGCAUUUAUUAGGGAUUUGAUUAAACAACGACAAACAAAAUAUAUGAAACAGAAUACGAAACUGUAAACUUGGUGUAAUUUUGAACCAUUAUACAAACCUUUUAAAAGAAUAUGCAUGUCUAGUCUACCAGGUACACAUUUUAACUGCCGACUCCUUUUACUUACGUUUAAUGCUAUCCAUCUGAACUACGACAAACUGUUUCAUUGGAGAUUUUCUUCCUUUGGCAUUGAAAGUUAACAUUUAGACAGCAAAUGGCAGGGGAAGAGAUAUUGACAUAAAAAUGGAGAAAGCACAGCAUCUAUGGCAUUUAAAAGUCUGUUAUCUUAAUGUUGUCUAUGAUCACCUAUUUAUAUAAGGUAAUAGAUGUAAAAACGUUAUUGUGGUCAAGUAUUUGUUUUGCUGGCAUCAUGGGAUUUUUCAUUUACAAGAAAAAUUGUGAUUUGACAAAUCACACAAAACAACUUAAAAAAAAAAUUAAAAUCUAUAAUUUUUUAUCUUUGCAAGGAUGAUUUUCUUUUUCUAAAUUGUUGCUUUAUGCUUAAUAAUGAUGAUGAUGAUGAUGACGAAGAUGCUGAGCAAAACAACUCUGCUCAUUUGCUUGUCUUUUUAUUUUUUUUAGUUAAUUCUGUCAAAUGUUACAUGUCAAUUACUUUUUAUUGGCAUAAUUUCUUCAUAAUGUUAUUGUUGUGCCUUUCACUUUGAAAAUAUUUCAUAAGAGCAAAGUGUCUAGUUUUUUCAAAUGCUUUGUAAAAGAUGAGCUGUUUAAUUAUUGUCUGACGAGAUAUUUACCAAACCCUCACAAUUUUUGUCCCUUUGCCAUUCAGCCUUGAGUCAUCCUGGGGUAGAGAUGUGUUUUUUAAUGCAGUAAUUUUGAUGUUGCUGGCUCCAUGACAAAAAUAGACAUGGUACAUUCAAAAGUGGAAGAGGAAACAUCGAACUCCGUUUUGGCAGAGAUGAUAUGAAUUAGAAACCAACCAAGAAUGUGUGUGUUUGUUCAUCAUAAACUUCUUGAAAUUACCUCAAUGUGCUUUACUUAAAAAUGAUAGUGAAUCCAGACUGUGAUCUGUUUAGUAUUAUGAAUUUAUCAUUUCAAAGGGUUUUUCUGGUGGCGCAACACUUAGUGGCCAUCAUCAAUACAGCGAAGGUUGGCUGUCCUGGGUUCAACUCUCGUCUCGGGCAUGCUGUUCUUGCUGUGGAUGUGGCAUCUGUCUACAGGACUGGCUGUCUUGCCACAAUAUAGCCUUAGCUGCUGGCUCGGCAUAAAACACCAAUCUUCCCCAACCACCUUUUUUGAUCAUUCCAAAGUCAAUGAAAACAGUUUGUCAGUGUGGUAACCAAAAGUCAUAUGUUUGUUUCAAGAUACCAACAGUGAUUAGUGUUCAUUUAAAGUAGAAUGGAUGAAAAUGUGUGUGGAGCUGGUGGUGGUGUAUGUGUGUUGGUGGUGGGGGGAGUUUAAGGCGGAUGUGUGUGUGUGACAGUAGAUAACAUAGCCUGCGACAGAUUAUGCCUAUUUUAUAGCCAAUGACAAAUAAGAUAUAAUAUAUAUAAAAUGAGAACAUUCCAUUACGGUACCAUCUUGGAAUUAUCAAAAGAUUAAAAAGAAGUUAUGACAAAUUCUGCUGAAACCCUGUGAAGCAUUUUAUUGAGAAAAAAUUGCCUUUAGAAGGAAACUUAAUAGAAUAAUACUAGUAGUAUGUCUGAAAAUCUCAAAGUGGUUUAAACAAAUGGUUAGUUAUCUAACAACAUAUCAGCAAUACAUUAAAAAUAUAAUGGUUUUUGGUUGCUUGUGUGUGCUUUUUUUUAAUUUUCUGUAGGCAUACAAUAAUGUUACUGAAUUGACAGCUGUAAGUUUUCGUAAAAGUUUAUCCAGCUGAGCGGAAAGGUUCUUGAUAAAUUCUUACAAUGGUGAGAAAAGAGUGGAGUUAUAUUUUUUAUCUUUUUGAUCCAAUAUUAGAAGCUUGAAAAAGCACUUUUUUAUGGUGAAAGAUCCAUUUUUUCCUAUGUGAAUAUAAUGAGAAUUGUUUUCAGUUCUCAAAACAGGGUACUUGAAAAAAAAUAGUGAUGCUCAAUCUUUGUUUAUGUAAUGACUCCCUGAAAGCGGCAAAUGACCUAAAUUGUGCUGCAGAUUUGAAAUAGAAUGAUGGCUGCAAAAGAUUUCAAUUAUAAUCAGGUCUUGGCUACAUUUAUAUCUUUGGUAGAAAGGAACAGCCGAUGGGUCCAAAUUUUAAAAGUGGUGUGGCUGGAAACUUAUGUCAUGAACAAGGCAUUCAUGAGCCUAUUUACAGUUUCCAGAAUAGACCACCACCCUAAGUUCCAACCUCCAUCCCAUGUGUUUACCCAAGACCUGAAGUUUCAGGAUUAUUGAAGCAUCAUGUUCUGUGGGUAUUCAUGUUUUAUGUCGGCCUUUUAUAUCAAUUGCUAACUGAUGAUUUCAUCUCUUUAAAUAUUUUUCUCAUGAAUAACAGAUGAAUGUUGAUAUUGGAGAGUUAUUUGUUAGAAAAUGGCCUUUAUUAUGAAUGAAAGUUGAACAGCAGUGCGUUGAAGAUGUUCCAUGCUUCACUCUUUUUGAGUUCAUGAAUGAGAUACUUUGAAGAUUUCAUAUUUUAAGACAUUAUUUAUGUUCUAGUUUCUAAUACAUUUUAGUGAAACUAUGUAUGCCAUCAGGAUCUGGCAAUGAGACUUGCAAAAGCACAAAAGCCGAAAAGACAGAGAAAUUAUGUAUCCUAACAAAUAAAAUUUCAUUCCAAAGCAACUAUUAUAUAUAUUUUCUAAAAGUUUGACGUCAGGUGGGCAUUGGCAAUGUACAUAGUUCUUUAUUUUGUGGUGCAUGUCUUUUAAAUUUGGAACAUGGAACAGGUAUUUGAUUCCCAUAUGGGACCAUGGUAUUGUUAAUUUUUAAUUUUGUCAUUGAUCUUUCUUUUUGAUCUUCAUUGCAAUUUUGUCUUUGAAUUGUAGUACAAUCAGGAAGAACAUUGUCAGUGAAUUUUAUAAAAUUUCUUUGAUCAUUUCAUACAAUUUUUAGUUUUUGCUAAUAUUAUUGAGUUUUUGCUAAUAUUUUCAUUGCUUUGAGAACUAAAUUACCUUUCGUCAAAGAGUAAAUUUUGUGACAUGAGUGUCUGUCAUAUUUAUGAAUUAUUUUCUGAUGCAUUCAGAAUUUCUGUGGUAAUCUUUAUUUUGCUUUGGGUUUCCUCCCAUGAAGAUUGUGUGAGUAUUACAAGUCAAAAUGCUUUUUUGUGGCAACAAAAGACGUUUGUACUGGGCUUAUCGUGUGUGUAUGCUUAUUAUCUUUAACUUUUAUCGUUAUACAUGUUUUCUUGCUGAGUGCACAAGUGGCCUGUAUUUUGUGACCUCAUAUAAAGGAGUGGAGUAAGUUUUCCACUUUUAUCCCAUCGACCA